AUGGAUCCUAAUCAGUCUGAAAGAUCAGAUGGGGAACAACGCAUCAACCCUUACGAUACACCUUACUUUGACCUUGGCUCUCAUGGCCGCAACGUGACAACGACCUCGAAAGAAGCACAAACAUGGUUUAAUCGAGGACUAGUAUGGGCAUUCUCGUUCAACGUUGGCGAAGCCGGCAAAUGCUUCGAGCAAGCCGCGCAGCACGACCCCAAGUGCGCCAUGGCGUACUGGGGAAUCGCCUACGCCGCCGGGCCCAACUACAACAAAGCGUACAAAUUCUUCGACCGGCAGGACCUCCACUCAUCGAUUGAGAGAGCGAACACCGCCUUGACGCGUGCCAUGCAGCUAACAUCUGAAACGACCCCCGUCGAGGGGGCGCUCAUCAGAGCUCUGACGGCGCGCUUUCCACCAUCCGAUCAGAUCCCCAAUGACUUCAGCUCCCUGGACCGCGCAUACGCGGACGCCAUGCGUCCCGUCUACCACCAAUUCUCCAACGAUUCCGACAUCGCAGCCAUCUUCGCCGACGCACUGAUGUGCAUGACGCCCCGCGGGCUGUGGGACCUAGACACCGGCGAACCCACCGGCGAGCACACCGUCGAAGCCCGGCGGAUCAUCGAGGAGGGAAUGCAGACCCCCGAGGGCCGUCACCACCCGGCGCUCUGCCACCUGCAAAUCCACGUCAUGGAGAUGUCGCCGUACCCGGAGCUGGCCCUCCCCGCCGCAGACCGGCUGCGGUUCCUCGUCCCCGACGGCUCGCACAUGCUGCACAUGCCCACGCACAUCGACGCGGCCGUCGGCGACUACCGUCGCGCCGUGGACUCCAACCACCUCGCCACCCUGGCCGACGACAAAUAUUUCGGCUCCGAGAGCCUCUCGCUGCUCCCCGGCGGGUCGCUGAGCUACGUCGGCUACCGCGUGCACUACAUCUGCGCCAAGCUGUACGCGGCGAUGAUGUCCGGCCGCUUCGUCGACGCCAUGUCCGCAGCGGAGAAGCUCGAAGCGGUGAUCGACAAGAACCUCCUCUCGAUCGAAAGCCCCCCGGUGGCGGAUGCCGUAGAGAGCUUCGUCGCGAGCAAGGCGCACGUGCUUAUCCGCUUCGGGCGCUGGGAGGCGAUCCUCGCGCUGCCCCUCCCGGCCAAUCGCGAGCUCUACUGCGCCACGACCGCGGUAAUCCUCUACGCCCGCGGCCUCGCGUUCAGCGCGCUCAGCCGCAUCCCUGAAGCGGAGGUGGCGCAAAGGGAGUUCGAAGCGGCACGCGCCAAGGUCCCAGAGUCCCGGUUCAACAGCAUUCCGUGCAAAGAGGUGGACGUCCUGCGCGUUGCCUCGGCUAUGCUGACGGGCGAGCUGGAGUACCGCAAGGGGACCUACGAGGUCGCAUUUGCGGCACUGAGGGAAGCCAUCCGCCGGGAGGAUGCGUUGCCCUACUCCGAUCCCCCGCCGUGGAUGCAACCUGUGCGCCAUGCGUUGGGCGGUUUGCUGUUGGAGCAGGAUCGGGUGGCAGAAGCGGAGGUCUUGUUCCGAGAGGAUCUGGGGCUUGCCAAGGACUAUCCGCGACGCAGAGCGAAGCUGAACAAUGUGUGGGGGUUGCAUGGGCUGUAUGAGUGCUUUACGCGGCAGGGGAAAACUGACGAGGCGGCGUUUAUCCAGUCGGCGCGGGAUAUUGCUGUCGCGACGGCUGAUGUUCCGGUCAAGGCAUCAUGUUACUGUCGUGUGUCGGCGGUGGGAAAGAAGCAGUGUUGCAUGUAG